CGACGCCAUCAAAACUAAACAAAUCGAUCGAAUUUUCUUAUUUACCUACUUCCACACAAAACGUCUAUUCUGAUAAACUUGCAUUCCUAAAAAUGAACGAAAUGGUUUCAUCACCUCAACACUCUGAGAUGUUUUCUGAAGAAAACGACGUAAGUUCAACCAAAGAAAUGUCCUUAUUAGAUCAAAAUAAUUUCCAAAAAAAUAGAUUUAAAACUGCCUAUGUGUCUGUUGAAAAUCCGCAAAAACCAAUCGUUAGAGGUAGAAAAACGUUUGCUUUUUGGACUUUAGUAACUCUAUUAUUUUUGCUGGCAAUUGGUAAUUUAGUGUUGACUAUGACAAUAUUGGGUGUACUGAAAUUGGGCAAUGGAAUGCAAAGUAUCGAAUUAUUGCCUGAAGAUAAAUCGUUAAAAUUUUUCGGUGAUGUUGACCUCGGUCGUAUUUAUAAACAAAACGGCGUAUUGGAAGGAUUUGAGGGUGAAAAUUUAGAAAUAAUUGCAGAAAAAAGCUCAUUACUCAUCAACCUUUAUUCGAGAUUCAACAGAGUUUUCAAUAAAGUCAAAAUGGACAAAAAUCGUACUACUUUCAACGGGAUAAAUUCAUUUGAAGUGAAAAAUAAGCAAAAGGAAUCAUUAUUCAACUUGGCCAAUCCAAUAUAUAAAAAUUUGAAAAACGUAAAUACGUUUAAAGCAAAGAGCAUUGCUACAAAUAAAAUCAGAAGUAAGCUUGAUGAAAAUCUGAAGAUUGAAGGAGACAUAGUGCAUUUGAAAGGAAACGAAGGAGCUAAAAUUGAAGCUCGUGAAAUCGUCUGGAGCGCAGACCAAGACAUUUACCUAAGAAGCAUCAACGGUUCCAUCAUACUUAGUGCAGAAGAAGGGACUUAUAUUGACAUUAAGAGACUACCCUUAGCUAAACUGUCAAAAAACAGUUACGUGACUGCACAAUUUAAAAUUUGUGUUUGUAUGCCCCAAGGAAAGCUUUUUAGGGUACCAGUAGCCAAUGCCAACGAUCCAGUAUAUUGCCAUCAAGCUGAUAUGUCGGCAGAGUAUAAUCCUUGUUUGUAAUAUGUAAUUAUUUAGUACCCCUAACAAGAUAGAAAAGAUGUUUACUUUCUUGAACUGAACUUCUGCACUGUUUAGCAAAUAUUUCAUAUCGUUGUUAAUAAUAAUUUACUCCGGCCGGUGUGAUUUUUGAUUGAUGAUUUUUUUCAUGUUUAAAUAAAGAUUAUUAUUGAAAAUUAAAAAGAU